ACUUUACUUUGACAAAUCUGUAAAUACAAUGAAACUGUACUUUUAUAAGUUGGUAUAAAAUUUCAAGUGAACAUCUUAAAUUUUUCAAUGUAUUCAAUAUCAAAUGAUGAUUAUUGCGCAGGAUAUUGCUACGAUUCUGGCUUUAGAGGUGCAGAAAAUGUUCCAUUUUAUCCCUACGUAGGAGGUCAACCUGUCGUCUAUUAUAGUCAUAUUGCCCAAGACCAUUUGCCCCAAAGAAAUAAAAUUACCAAGAAAAACAAUCCCAAUUGUUUUGUGAAAGCCUUCCGUUGGUAUACUCAGGAACUUCCAUCUCCACAACCGGUGGCACCAUGCAACAAUGCGAACAUAGGCGGGUUCGCGACGUGGCUGGACAAGAAGUACGAGGAGUACUUACAAGACAGUCAGUGCGAAAACAACUGCUUACAGUACAGAUCUAAACAAUGUUCUUAUACUAAGAGUGAUAGAACUAUUAACAGGAUAGAUUAUCCAUCGCGCAAAAUCAGAAAGUUUCCAAGAUUGAAAAGGUUAGAUUAA